GACACCUUUCAGCCGCCCGCUCCCAGGCACACCUGCAGCCCUGCCCCGCGGCUCUGCUCACCCACCGCCUGUAAAUGCCCCAGACAUGAGCCAGCCCAGGCCCCGCUACGUGGUGGACAGAGCUGCAUACUCUCUCACCCUCUUCGAUCAUGAGUUUGAGAAGAAGGACCGGAAGUACCCACUGGGAGAGAAACUUCGCUAUGCUUUCAGAUGUUCCCCGGCCAAGAUCAAAACCGUGGUGUUUGGGCUGCUCCCUGUGCUCUCCUGGCUCCCCAAGUACAAAAUCAAAGACUACAUCAUCCCUGACCUGCUUGGUGGCCUCAGCGGUGGAUCCAUCCAGGUGCCACAAGGCAUGGCGUUUGCUCUUCUAGCCAACCUUCCUGCAGUCAACGGCCUCUACUCCUCCUUCUUCCCCCUCCUGACCUACUUCUUCCUGGGGGGUAUACACCAGAUGGUGCCAGGUACCUUUGCUGUUAUCAGUAUCCUGGUGGGUAACAUCUGUCUGCAGCUGGCCCCAGAGUCAAAAUUCCAGGUCUUCAACAAUGCUACCAACCAGACCUACGUGGACACGGCGGCCAUGGAGGCCGCGAGGCUGCAUGUGUCAGCAACGCUGGCCUGCCUGACUGCCAUCAUCCAGAUGGGACUGGGCUUCGUGCAGUUUGGCUUUGUGGCCAUCUACCUCUCCGAGUCCUUCAUCCGGGGCUUCAUGACAGCUGCCGGCCUGCAGAUCCUGAUCUCGGUGCUCAAGUACAUCUUUGGACUCACCAUCCCGUCCUACACAGGCCCAGGCUCCAUCGUCUUUACCUUCAUUGACAUUUGCAAAAACCUCCCCCACACCAACAUCGCCUCGCUCAUCUUCGCCCUCAUUAGUGGUGCCUUCCUGGUGCUGGUGAAGGAGCUCAACGCUCGCUACAUGCACAAGAUCCGCUUCCCCAUCCCCACAGAGAUGAUUGUGGUGGUGGUGGCAACAGCUAUCUCGGGGGGCUGUAAGAUGCCCCAAAAGUAUCACAUGCAGAUCGUGGGGGAGAUCCAACAUGGGUUCCCUACUCCUGUGUUGCCUGUGGUUUCACAGUGGAAGGACAUGGUUGGCACAGCCUUCUCCCUGGCCAUCGUGGGCUACGUCAUCAACCUGGCUAUGGGUCGGACCCUGGCUAGCAAGCACGGCUAUGACGUGGAUUCUAACCAGGAGAUGAUUGCCCUGGGCUGCAGCAACUUCUUUGGCUCCUUCUUUAAAAUCCAUGUCAUUUGCUGUGCUCUCUCCGUCACUCUGGCUGUGGAUGGAGCUGGAGGAAAAUCCCAGGUGGCAAGCCUGUGUGUGUCUCUGGUGGUGAUGAUCACCAUGCUGGUCCUGGGGUCCUAUCUGUACCCUCUCCCCAAGGCUGUGCUGGGAGCCCUGAUAGCUGUCAACCUCAAGAACUCCCUCAAGCAACUCGCCGACCCCUACUACCUGUGGAGGAAAAGCAAGCUAGACUGUUGCGUCUGGGUGGUGAGCUUCCUCUCCUCCUUCUUCUUGAGCCUGCCUUAUGGUGUGGCAGUGGGUGUCGCCUUCUCCGUCCUGGUUGUGGUCUUCCAGACCCAGUUUCGAAAUGGCUACGCUUUGGCCCAGGUCAUGGACAUGGACAUUUAUGUGAAUCCCAAGACCUACAAUAGGGUCCGGGAAAUCCAGGGGAUUAAGAUCGUCACUUACUGCUCUCCUCUCUACUUUGCCAACUCAGAGAUCUUCAGGCAAAAAGUCAUUGCCAAGACGGGUGUGGACCCCCAGAAAGUAUUGCUGGCCAAGCAAAAAUACCUCAAGAAGCAGGAGAGGGGGAGAACGAUGCCCACACAGCAGAGGAAGUCUCUAUUUAUGAAAACCAAGACUGUCUCCCUGCAGGAACUCCAGCAGGACUUUGAGAACCCCGCUCCCACCGACCCCAACAACAACCAGACGCCUGCGAAUGGCGCCGGCGGCGGCGGCGUGUCCUACAUCACUUUCAGCCCUGACAGCCCCCCAGCUUCCCACUGCGAGCCACCGGCCCCUGCCGAGACCCCCCGUGAGCCCAUUGACAUGCUGGCCAGCGUCCCGCCCUUCGUCACCUUCCACACCCUCAUCCUCGACAUGAGUGGGGUCAGCUUUGUGGACUUAAUGGGCAUCAAAGCCUUGGCCAAGCUGAGCUCCACCUAUGGGAAGAUCGGUGUGAAGGUCUUCUUGGUGAACAUUCAUGCUCAGGUGUACAAUGACAUUAGCCAUGGAGGCGUCUUUGAAGAUGGGUGUCUACAGCGCAACCACGUCUUUCCCAGCAUACACGACGCAGUUCUCUUUGCUCAGGCAAAUGCCAGAGAAGUGGCCCCAGGACGUGACUUCCAAGGGGCUCCAGUGGACCCUGAGAUCUCCUUAUAUGAUUCGGAGGAGGAGAGCCCCAGCUACUGGGACUUAGAGCAGGAGAUGUUCGGGAGCAUGUUUCACGCAGAGACUCUGACUGCCCUGUGAGCCCCAGCAGUUCCCAGGCUGCCUCCCGAGCGCAUGGCACCUGGGACUUCGUGAAAGAUGAGCCUGGGAUCACAGCAGAUGGCAGGGAAAGGACAGCACCUCCACCAGGAUGUCGGCUCCUCUCUCUUCUCCUCCUCCUCCUCUCUCGUCACCCUGCCUCCCUCCUGGCAUCUCUAGAGUGAGCCAGUCUCAAAAGCAGGGAAAGCUGGCCAGCAAGCAUCCUGUUUGCUCUCCAUGGCGGCUGACCAGAGGCCCUGACUGCUGGACGUGAAGCAUGAACCAAGAACAGAAGGGAAAGUGUGGAUGCUGACCUGGAGUGAAAGCUUCAGAAGUGUCCUUGGGCAUGCAUGGCUUGGUGUCACAUGGUGUCACCAAGCUGUCACAAGACACAGGAACAAAGUUGCUUAGGACUCUGUCACUUGCCCCUUCCAGCUGCCCCAACUCUGUUCCUGGUAGCUCUGCUCCUCUGGGACCUUGUACUCCCCACAACCCAGGAAUCUCUGUCUUGGUGAUUGUACAGUCUCCUCCUCACCUCCAGGCUGCUGGGACCUCCAGGCUAUUCAACACGUCAGACUCGAGCCUGGGGAGUAGCCAGGGCCCUCAAGGCCAGCAGAACUACCUCCCCAGGAGCAGUUCACCAAGGUAGCUGCCCCAGCUUCCUGAAACAUUACCAUUCCCCCUGCCCCCAGGGGCUGCUCCCUUCCACUUGAUAGUAGGAACCCAAAAGAAAGAGGAGGAUAGCUGGCAGAAUCCUCUGGCAACCUAGCAAUAGGUACCAGUUAUUCUGCACAAAAGCUUUUGGGGUUCCCUCUUUGUACCAGAGAUGGGGGUGGAGUGUUAGUGCCAACUUAGGGCAAACUAGUGGGACCUGAGUGAGCCUUGAAAGUCCCCCCUGACCUGACAGCCCAUCAGGGAAAUGCCUCCUCCACUUGGGAAAUCUGACUUCUCCUUCUUCACUUGGCAAGAGCCAAUGACUUUAACUCUUCCUUAUCAACUUGGGGCCUGAAUCCUUCAGCCAAGCAAGGGAGAAUGCCCCCCCCAAAGACCAGCUACACCCCCCACCUAGGCACAGAACAUGGAGAAGGGCUGACCCAGAUUGGGUCUUCCUCCACAGGGGUUCCUUAACAAACUCAGGACCUGAAGCCACCUCCUUCUAGGAAAGAUGAGAAGAGGGGUUAAGUUCUCUAGGAACAUAAGGAGGUAACUGGAGUGAGUUAAAAAUAAAUAGGUUUCAUGAGCAAGUGUUUGGGGAAAUUUCCAUGGAUGUGCACACAAAAAAAACUUUUUGGCCUCUCCCCACUGCUUCUCCCAAGCUCCUUCAACUUAAUGACCCCUGCCCAACAGGUUGGGCUGGCCCAGCCUAGAAAAAUGUACCAAUUCCUAACUUCAGCCUGACCUGCAUUGUGUGUGUGUGUGUGCGUGUGUGUGUGUGUGUGUGUGUGUGUGUGUAUGUUGAGUGAGCCAGUCAGCUAGCAAGUCUUCUUAGAGUUAAAGGAGUGGGUACUGACAAAGAGCCAACAGAUUCUUGGCCUACAAGCAUUGCUUCUGUGUGAAUUAUUAUGCCAUCUGGCUGCCAAUGGAGCUCAAAACUUGGAAGGCAGAAGACAAUGUUAUCUGGGAUUCACCAUGCCCAGCACUCAAAGUGCCAAAUUCCAGGAAGACAAGACCUUAGCCAAUGACAACUCACCCUCCCCUACUCCACCUCCUUCAGAGUCUAGCUUAGGCCUAGGAGGUGGAAAAAGAUCACAGAGUCUCAGGACAUCCAAGUCAAGAGAUCCCCUUUGAACCAAAUGUUUCUAUCCUUGGGGACUUGAUUAAGUCGCCAUUAACCACCAGGCCAGCCCCAGACUUAAUGGGGAUUACUGACUCAGGAUGGCCUGGAGUUGGAGCUCUUGGAGGGAUUCCACAACAUGUUCCAUUGGAAUUGGAAACACAGGGGGGUGGAGAAAGAUAUUAUAGAAAACUUCAUUUUUAGAAUACUUUGGAAAGAACACAGAUUCACAUAGACCACUCCCUGGAAAUGAUCGAAGCAGGAAAGGAGGGGAAGGUGGUGAAAUGAUCCAGAAUUUCAAUACUUUCAAAUAUUCUUAGUGAUACAGACCUGUGAUGUUGUGGUUCCUGGGAAAGCCAGGAUUCUUGAGACAUUUGUGUAAUUUAUUUAAUUUAAAUGCCUUUCUCCUUUUGUUCAUUUUGGUAAUAAAGUGC